AUGUUACGAAGUUUUUUAAUUGUAUGUUCUUUAAGUGUUAUUAUCCACUAUGUGGUAUCCGAACAACCCUUCAAUCCCCAAAGUCCGUUGGUUAAAUGCAGCUUUCUUCCGUUCGAGUUUAUAGAUUGCCAAGACCCCGUAGAUCACAAAGGAAACGCGACUGCCCAGCGUGAGAUGGAGCACGGCUGUUUAAAGUUCGGAGGAAUGAAAUAUCACGAAGUGGAAAAGGCCAAAGUUGUAUGCAGCGCUCUGCCCAAUAUCGAAUGUUACGGAAAUAGAACAUUCUUGAGAGACGGAGUUCCUUGUAUUAAGUAUUCUAAUCAAUACUUUACUACUACCUUGUUGUACAGCAUCCUGUUGGGGUUUUUAGGGAUGGAUAGGUUCUGUUUAGGUCAAACGGGGACUGCCGUUGGGAAGUUACUUACCGUUGGAGGGCUGGGUAUUUGGUGGGUUGUCGACGUCGUUUUACUUGUAUUAAAUUACAUGACACCUGAAGAUUCGAACUGGAAUCCAUAUGUAUAA